AUGCCUCUGGAAAUGGACAUAAUGAGCCGAUCCAACUAUUCUGAAGCGGGGCUACACAAAAGCAAGAGGCGUCGAUCUGCAAAAAGUCAUGCAACCAAUGACGAUUCCGCAACGAAAAAAACCAACAGAAAAGACCCUACGUACAGUGCAAACUCUGUUUUCAAUGAACUGCUUAUUUUGAAUUCUUCGUCGCCCGGAGCUGAAGAUGGUCAAAAGCCUCGUUCACAUGCAAAUGCCCGGGAAAGGGAUCGUACUCAUAGUGUAAACAGCGCCUUCACCGCAUUGAGAACUUUGAUUCCUACUGAGCCAGCCGACAGGAAACUCUCAAAAAUAGAAACGCUACGCCUUGCAUCCAGUUACAUUGCUCAUCUUGGAACCCAACUUCUGGCAGGUCCAAUGGAACAACCCUGUUUAAAGCAUAACGGUCCAACCCCGGGUUUCGACAACUCCAAUCCACGACCAGUGUGCACCUUCUGUUUGGCUAGUAUGAAAAAAAUGGAUGUUGAAGUAAUGCAUCCAGCCACCAAGCCUACCAGCGAAGAAAUUGCAAUUGCAAAAUGGAUUAAAGCCAAUGUUCCUUGCAAGAAAACAAAAUUUCUCAGUCACAGUGUGGAGUACUUCACAGCCUCCAAAGCAGUUGACAAACUGUUGAUAUCUCCCUGGAGCUCCCCAGGAAAAAAUAAAGAAGAACCCCUUUUUACUACACGAGAAUCAGUGGUUCAAUACCUUGACUUAUUAUUGAGGAAAAAGUUCUUUCAUAGAGCUAGAAAAAUUCCAGUCUCUGAACAGGAACUGAAAGCUCGUUCAAAAAAAAAAGAAAAGAAAAAGGAAAAAGAAGAUGGGAAAAAAGAAAAACAAGAAGCUGAAGAGGAAAAAAAAGGGGAUGAUGGGGAGAGUAGUCAUGCUGAAGAAAAAAAGGAUAAAGGGAAAAAAGAAAAACGCAAAAUUCGACUUGAUAUGCAUCUGGAGCAAAUUUUCGUCGAUGGAAAUGAUGCCUAUGUGUGGAUAUAUGAUCCUAUACCGUAUUAUUAUUGGCUUGCCGGUGGUGGUGUAGUUUUAGCCGUUGUAGCUCUUUGUCUCUUCCCUCUUUGGCCGCCUGUCGUAAGAAAAGGUGUCUAUUACCUGAGUAUUGGAGCUGCGGGGUUUCUUAUGUUUAUCUUUGGUCUUGCUGUUCUGCGUGUGCUAAUUUUUUGUCUGUUAUGGCUGGUAUCAAUGGGUCGUCAUCAUCUAUGGAUCUUCCCAAAUCUCACUGAAGACGUUGGAUUUUUUGCCUCAUUUUGGCCGCUGUGGAAGUACGAAUGCAGAGACAAAGAAUCUCCAAGCAAGAAGGACAAGAAAAAUAACGGCAAGAAAAAACUAUCUGAUGAUGAAAACGAAGAAAAAGCGGAAGAGAGUGGCGGAGAAGACACACAACUUGACAAUAUUGAGGAUACCGAAGACAAAUCCGAAACAGAAUCGGAACAAACGGGAAAGGAUUUCGAAAUGAUUGAAAAAGACGAUGAGUAGGGAAUUCCUUCUAAUGGACUUGAAAUUGAAAUGAUGGUGUGCAUAAUCAUUUGUCGACACGUAUUGAUGAUGGUGAGGUUUACGCGGGACCAAAUUUUUGUUGUAACUGUAUAGCAAUUUCGAGGUUUACCAUCACUUAUCGUAAAUGCAUUGUAGUAGGCUCGAAAUUGGAGCUUUGCGAGCGAUAAGUGCUUUAAGUAAAAGUUAGUUUAUGGGAUGGUUUACAGAUUUAUUUAUUACUUCACAUCCACCUACCUUUGAAGGAAUCCCUAAAGGUUUUACAAUAUCCAUGCAUUUUCAAUGGUGCGUGGACACUUGUUUAAACGUUUAUUUAUAAUUUUAACAUCCAAAAUAUAGAUUGAUACAAGUAAUAUCAAGGUACACCGCUUACCAACUAGGUCGAAUACACAUUACUAUUCUCUC